UGCUGUCGGUAAGUGUAUAAUGGCAGUUUGUAUGGGGAGCGGGUCUCUGUAAAUCUUUGGCCAUCCGCCUGUUUAACUUCAUAUUGUAGCACAGAGACCCGGGCUUCUUUCACAUUUGACCGAACCGGUGCAAAGUCGCUGAAUUAGAAGAUGUACGCCUGUGCAAAGUUCGUCUCCACGCCGGCUCUGGUCCGUGCUGGUUCCCGGGCUCUUUACAGACCCCUGUCUGCUUCUGUGCUGUCCAGGCCUGAUGUCAACACAGAGACGAGCACCGCUGUGAUGCCACAAAGCCCUCUAACCCAGGUCACACUGAGAGGCUUCCAGACCAGUGCUGUGAGCAGGGACAUUGAUACAGCUGCCAAGUUCAUUGGAGCUGGUGCUGCCACUGUGGGAGUGGCUGGAUCUGGAGCUGGAAUUGGGACCGUAUUCGGCAGUCUCAUCAUUGGUUAUGCUAGAAACCCAUCUCUGAAACAGCAGCUGUUCUCAUACGCCAUUCUGGGAUUUGCCCUGUCUGAAGCCAUGGGACUGUUCUGUUUGAUGGUUGCUUUCCUUAUCCUGUUUGCUAUGUAAAACUGCUCUUAUACAUUUUCAUUACAGAUGUGACUACAUAUUUAAUUAUGGCUACCAAAAUUGCUUUGGGUAGGUGUCAAAGAAAUGCACAUUUCAAGACUUCCAGACACUGUCAAAAUAAGCAAAACAUGUAUUGUACAAAUGUAAGAAAUUACGUGAUUAAAAUACAUGUCUUUGACUAUUUAA